CCACACUAAAACCAAAUCGAAAUACCUGCUGAGUUUUCUGCUCCUCUAGUCUUGUUUCGGCGCCGUGAGAAGCUAAGACCUUUCUUCUUCGUGUCUCCUCCGGCAGCGCUUUCCCUUCCGUUUUCUCUCAUCUGAGUUGAUGGCGUCGAAGUUGCAGCAAUUGCAAUCCAAGGCUUGUCAAGCGUCUAAAUUUGUGUCCAAGCAUGGAACUGCCUACUACAAGCAGUUGUUAGAGCAGAACAAGCAAUACAUUCAAGAGCCGCCCACUGUGGAGAAAUGCAAUGAGUUGUCUAAGCAAUUGUUCUACACUCGUCUUGCUAGUAUCCCUGGUCGUUAUGAGUCAUUCUGGAAGGAGUUAGAUUAUGUCAAGGGUUUGUGGAGAAACCGGGGAGAACUGAAAGUUGAAGAUGCUGGCAUUGCUACUUUGUUUGGGCUGGAGUGCUUUGCGUGGUUCUGCGCUGGUGAGAUUGUAGGAAGGGGAUUUACUUUCACAGGCUACCAUGUCUAAGAAAAACUUCUGAUAAAAUGUUUUCCAAGGAUGUGUAAGCUUCUGUCAUCAUUUGCGUGAUUACAAUUGCGGCUACUCUAGAUGCACAUUUUUCAUUUUCUGUGAAAUUUUUGAAGCUGAGAAAUCAGUGCUCAACUUUGAUAGCAUUAAUAAUUGACAUUUCAAAAUGGUUCAGGCUAAAGGGCCUUGUUGUUGUCUCUUUUCUUCGCUGGAAAUUAGUGCAACCGAUGAACCAAAGAUUAAUAAUAAUGCAAAUUGCUCUUU